CCUCAAAUUUUUAACUUUCCAUAUUAUACGGUCGUCUUUUUCCCCCUUGUUCCACGUCUUUCCUCCCCAGCCCCAACAAUCUUCUUCUUCUUCUUCUUCUUCUUCUCUCUCUCUCUCUCUCUCUCUCUCUCUCUCUCUCUCUCUCCCUUCUCAGUCCUGUCGGCUCUGAGUUGGGGGAUUUGGGUAUUCGAAAGGGGUUUGUUACAGAGAGACGCAAGGAUGGGGAAAAUGAGAUCUUUCAAACAAGAGUUCUCAAAAGUGGAACGAUUCCAGGAAUCGCGAGAUAUGCUCGCCAAGUAUCCCGAUCGACUCCCCGUGGUGGUUGAAAGGUAUUCAAAGACUGACCUCCCUGUGAUGGAAAAGAAAAAGUACCUGGUACCCGGAGACAUGUCUAUUGGGCAGUUUAUUCACAUCCUGAGUGUCAGGCUUCGUCUGGAUCCUGGGAAAGCUCUCUUUGUGUUUGUGAACAAUACUCUACCUCAAACAUCAAGUCUAAUGGAAUCCGUCUAUGAAUCUUUCAAGGAUGAGGAUGGGUUCUUAUACAUGUGCUACAGCAGUGAAAAAACCUUUGGUGGCUGUAAUUUCAGGAUCUGUUGACGCGUUUCGUAAUACUCUGACAAUCAGCUUCCAGUUUGAAUUCCUGUUGUUUAGAAUAUCAUGCAGUAUCUGCGUGUGAAUCAACUGCCGUACAUUGUCAUCUAUUCUGUAAACUCUUCAGGGAUUUGAAAUGAUCUUGAAUUCUUGAUGUA